AAACGUCAGUUUUCUUGUGUCACUGAGCGAGCUAGAAUCGAAACGAAAAUAUUAACCCGGAACGAACCGAAAUCCGCAUUUGUUUUUCUGCAAUUCUGCCUCCCUGUGUGGUGUUUUGCGUAAAAUUCACCUCAACACCCGACCCAGCUCAGCUGCACAAUGGCCAACUGUAUUCUGCGCGGUUCACUGUCCAAGCCAGCAAUGGCUUUCGCGCGUACACUCGUAGCCAGUCAGACCCUGCCAAAGGCCCCCUUUUUCACGGCUAGCCUGCUGACGCCGGUUCGAAAACCGCAGAUGUUCUCCGGCUCUGUGCGCAACUUUGCCGUUUCGCCCGUACGAUGUUCAAGCGGAGGCAGUCAUGUUACGCUGUGGAAUGCUGAACGUGCCCUGUCCCUUGCCCUGCUGGGUGUUAUUCCGGUUGGGUUGAUGUUUCCUUCGCAGGUCGGCGACACCCUGAUCGCCGUUAGCAUCGUUAUGCAUCAGCAUUGGGGUUUGGAAGCUAUCGUGACCGACUACGUGCGUCCGAUUCUGUUUGGAGCGACCGUACCAAAGCUUGCGCACGGUCUGCUGCUUGUCGUGUCAGCUGCCACGCUCGGUGGACUGUUCUACUUCAAUUACAACGAUAUAGGCAUUGCGGGUGUCGUCCGUAAAAUUUGGUCCACCAAAGCAAAGGAAUAGUGUCGCUUCAAGCUGCACGGGACAAUGACUGGUGGAACAUUUAAUUAUUAUUAUUAUGGGUGCUCCUGCAAAGGAUACAUAGAGAAUAGAAAUGGCGUUUCGAAUGCUUAGUUAUAGCCUGCUACGAAAUUUGUGCACACGCUGCGUGCUGAAGGAGUAAAGAGAAUUCGUAAAAUCAAAUACAAAACCAAAUUUAUUGUAAAUUUCCUGUCUCGACCCUGAGCUCACCGCGAUACGUUCGAUAUUGAAAUAAAUCGACGUUAAACGGA